AUGGCAAACAACACCGCACUCCAGGGACUAUGUCCUGCUCCGUUUAUGCAGUCGAUCAAUUUUAACAGUGGUGGAUACGUUGACGGGAGGUUCUGUGCUUCUCUAGACGACGCAGGCACCAUACAAUGCUGCCUGCCCUGCCCGGCUACAGACUAUCUGUACCCAGAAACAUUUUCAAUUGCGCACAAGGUUGCCGAGGCGCUCAGUGUUGCCGGUGUGGUCUUUUGCGUCUUUCUGCUGGCCUCGUUCAUCGUGCUUCCGGCGGAGAAGACUCGCCGGCACUAUCUUAGCUAUGGGCUGGUUAUCGGUGUGCUACUACUAUCCCUCGGGUUCGUCAUCCCCCUGGGACAUCGGCCGGAGCAAUGCUUCGACGAGAUCACGCCAAACGACAUGUAUAGCAGUCUGACAUGUGCCUUUUCGGGCGCGUUUGUCGUGUCUGGAGGCGUUGCCAUUACAGUGUGGAUCUUCAUUCGAGCGCUGUCGAUGCAUCUGCAGAUCUGCUGGGACGUCAUGCCCGGCAGGAAGUUCUUCUACGCCGCGCAGGCAUUGGGAUGGGGCCUCAUUGCCGUCAUCUUCACCGUCACAAUCACAAUAACCGGCGUGUCUUUCCGCUUCGGCGAGGUGUGCCAUGUCAACUCCAUCCACUCCAUGGCAGACUUCUGGGGCCCACUGCUGGGCAUCGCAGGCUUGUCCAUGCUCACCCAGACCGCCACAUUCAUAUACUGCAUCAACGUCUACCUGAGAAACAUGUGGAGCGACGACGACGACGACAAGGCCGGCACGCAGAGCAGCGCCAGCGGUCUGCCCUCCUACACAACCAGCGUGCGCACCCGCUCCGCCCGCGCCGUCUACCGCCGCGUCAGCAAGGUCGUCCUGCUGCAGUGGCGCGGCAUCCUCAUCGUCGUCUUCGUCCUCGUCGACGUCAUCUUCUUCGCCACCGUCUUCGUCUUCAUCGACACCGCCGAGCGGACCCUGCUCAGCGACCUCGAGGCCCUGAUCCCGUGGGUGUCGUGUCUGACGCAGAAUCCGGAUAAUCGCGAGCGCUGCUUCGCGCUCGGCCAGUCGCUGUUUAUCGACUUGCCCACUGUCAUUGCGCUGCUUCUCCUUCUUUCUCUCGUCGGCCUGCAAUGCUUCCUCCUCCUCGCCCGCGCCUCCAUGUUCUCCGCCUGGCUGGCAUUCUUCCGCCGCCACACCACCUCCGCCGCAAAGCGCGAAUUCGUCUCUCUCGACGCCGCCCGCCACCGCUCUACCUCCGCAUCCAUGUACAAAUCCACAGCAUCACAUAACAACCCGCACGCCUUUGAACUGCUCAAGGUCGCCCACCACCCCGGGCCUAAUGCAGCGGUGAUGAGCAGUAAUAAGGUGGCGACGAGGGAGUGGUUUUCGGGGGUUGAUGGGGAUGCAAAGUACAGCUCGAACGACGACAUAUAUAUACACGACGAUGAUGAUGUAAGCACGGCACAUACCAGAUCGCCAAUGGAUGCGGAUGAAGAUGCUGUGGAUGUGGCUGUGGCUGUAGCUGUGCCAGCGCAUACGUACCACAGCCCGCUAUCAUCAUCUCCAUCCUCUCCACCUCUUUCGCCAUCGCUGCCGCAAUCACCUUCGUCGCCAUCCUUACGACCAUCCUUACAACAACAACAACCAUCGUUAUCAUCAUCAUCAUCAUCACCACCACUACGGCAAGCACAGCCGCAGUUACAUAACUUUUCGAAACCCAGACCUUCUAUCACUACUACCUACCAUCAACAACAACAACAACACCAAAAUCAACAACAACAACAACAAUACCAACAACACCAACAACAACAUAAUCGUGUAAACAGUACUAAUUGGGAUCCGCGCUCUACGCUGGCGCGCGGUGGGCUGGGCCUGCAUCCGCCUACGUCGCCCUGA